AAAACGCGAAAGUACAUGCGUUUACAGUAACUGGACUUAGUGUGGCUUUCUGAUGGCGUUGAUUUGCAUGCCGCUGAAGGAUUGUAAACACAGACAUCAACUGAGUGUAUUUGUCUGGCAGAGGUCGCGCCGAACUUUGUACGUUGUAUCGUCCUAGAGUUGUUUUGUUCUAAAGGCUAACUCCACGUCUUUUAUACGUGUACCAUGAGGACGUUUGUUGUUUCCGUUGUCCUCGUUCCCUUGCUGGUUUUCCUCCCCGCUGCCUUCGGAGAUGCUCCCGAGGCUGCUCAGCGCCGUCUGGCCGUCCUGAAGACCCGGAUCCCGGCUCACAUGGGCCCGGUGAGGUAUAACUACACCGCCGCCUUCAGGACCGCUCCUAACGGUACCCUCCAGUUCAGCCUCGGCAUCUUCGGGCCUCUGUCCUCAGGUGGCCCGGCCCUCCACCCGCCGCUCCGGCUUCGCUGGGAGGAGUUUGAGGACUUCGGCAGCCCGGCCGGCCGGGAGAUCGUGUCCAACCCCUCCGUGGUGUACGCGCCCGGUAACGCCCUGCAGGUGUUCGUGCAGUGCGCGGACGGACAGGUGUAUUAUCGGAUUCAGAAUGAAACCUGGGGGCGGGACUUCGAACGGUGGGCACCCCUCCCGGCCGGGACUUUACCCACAGACACAGGCGUGAAUCUCACAGGAAGGGACUCGGUGACUGCUGUCGCGUGGGAAGGUAAAACCGUGGUGUUCGCCCGCUCCAUGACCGCGACGUCCGGCCUGUACUGGACCUACAGCGGGCCCGACGGUUUCCAGGUGUGGCAGAGCCUGGGAGGCGACCUGGUGACCGACCCGUCCAUCGUGUACAACACCUACACCAAGUACCUGGAGGCCUACGCCAUCUUCCCUGAUGGGAAGGUUCACUACCAGACACAGGUCCACAGCACGGAGUGGCAGACAUGGCGCGUACUGGGCACAUUUGCACCAGCUAUGCAGAAACUGUCCCGCCCACAGGCCCACAGCAUGAGUCAAGCUAUCUUCAACGGCAUGACGGAGGUCUUCGCUGUCGGGACGGACGGCCGCCUGAAGCACAUCAAACAGACGACAUGUGAUAAGGUGGUGAGUCCGUGGGGUUACUGCACCUGGGCUGUUUGGUCAAACGUCGGGACCGGACAGAUCCCAACACCGCUCAGUGACGUCAACCCACUGACUGCCGGGAACAACGUCCAUCUCGGGAACGAGAUCUUUGUCGUGCCCAAAGAUGGCAGUCUGUCCCACGUGUGGCAGUCCGAGCGGGGCGGCCGGUGGCAGGGCUGGGAGACGGUGGGACGGCCUGCCAACGGGACAGCCGCUUCUCUUCCCACAAUCCACCAGGAUGAGGAGUACGGUGGCUGGUGGGAAGUGUUCGUCAUCAACUCUAAUGACAAGGUUGAUGAAGUGUUGCAAAACAAGACGUUGGAUUUGUCUCCGCUGAACAUGAAGUCAGGCUCCGCUCUGACAGUGAGCUGGAUGGUCCCGCCCGAUCAGGCCACUGCGGAUGACUGGAUCGGGAUCUACCAGGCAGGUGCUGAUGACGACACUUACCUGGACUACAGAUACGUCCAGGGCAAGCUGCACCCGACCCGCGAAAUCGUCCCCAAGGGCUCUGUGAACAUGACACUGAACCUGCCGGAGGGGAACUACCAAGCUCGAUAUCUGGUGAACAAGAAGUUUGUCAGCGUCCUGUCGACGGAUUUUGGCAUCAGCAACAGUCCAAACGGUAAUCAGUGGGAACAGACGUACCGAGGCUUCGCUGUCGGACUGGGUACGGACCAGGACAGGUUCAUCAAGUGCGCGGAUGAUGGAGAACAAACCAUCCACAAGCUAGAAGACGCUUGGCAAGCUUUCGAACAGGGCGAGAUAACAGAGGGGCUACAGUUGUUUGGCCAGGCACUGAAGGACCUGCACGCAGCCUUGGUUCAGAGUGGCGAGACUCAACUGGCACAGGCAGUGCUGCUGUUCAUCGAGGAUCUGUUAGAGUGCGCCUUGUCAAGGUGUGCACAUUUCAUCAUAGACACGGCAGAGGAGUUGGAGAUUUGGUACAAGGGCUCACACGAGAUCUACCGAGACAUCCGGGCCGCACAGAACAGCCUGGGCGCCCUGAAGGCGUACGUGCAGGGCGGGCACGUGGUGGGGAGGGCGGUGCGGACCUGCGUUAACCUCCAGGACACCAGAGCAUGAGACAUUAUAUCCUGAUAGGAUAGCGCUUACGUGAUACGUGACCCGAUGUGCAUAAAAUGUCCAAAUUAGGGAAGAACUAGGAUGGAUUGUAGUGAAGGUUGCAAAAGGGUCGGAAAAAUUACAUUUGUAUUAUGGCUACGAAAAACGUUGUCACAAAAAAAAUGCCUCGCACUCGGCCUGCAUAUACUAUUUGGGGCCGGUAUUCUUAUGUCACAGCAGGCAUGUCAACUCAGUGUCUCCACAACAACCAUUAAAUUGAGCGAAAUAUAGGGAGAAUAAGUUGCCAGGGCAGUUUGGCCACCGUAGAGUUCCUUUGGACCGCGCAGGGGGCAAUGACAUCCUAACAGCGGACUCUCACCCCUCUGGCCAUUAAUCCUAUUUUUGAUGAAUUCUAUUAUAUUAUAUUUCAGUCCAUACCAUGGUAUGGAUGAAAUAUAUUGUGUUCUCUCAUGUUUCUUCUCCUCCUUCUUC